CCGUAGAUAAACUGUGUGCGUGGCUUAUUGUGAUAUCUAUGUGUGUAUAUAUGUUCACAUAUAAACUUUUGCUCUGUGGGGAUUGGCGGCGUUAUUUCAGAUUGGAAGAUGGGGAGGAGGAGAUGAUCGAGCUAUUGGUUGGUUGAGGGCUUGAGGCUGGUGGUAUAGAUAGGAUACGCUUGUAAAGGAAGAAAAUCAAAGCGAAGGAGGGAUAAGAAUGACGUCGCCAAGGAGUCAGGAGGCGUCGGGGUCGGGGCUACCGUCGUCGUUGACGAGGCGGCCAUCUCGCAGUGCCGCCAUGACCACCUUCUCCACGGAGGUGUUCGACACCGAAGUCGUCCCCUCGUCCCUUCAGUCAUCAAUUUCUCCUAUUCUCAGCGUUGCUACAGAGAUCCAGGCGGAACGCCCUCGUGUUGCUUAUCUGUGUCGGUUCUACGCUUUCGAGAAGGCGCACAGAUUGGACCCAAGCUCGAGUGGCCGUGGUGUGCGCCAAUUCAAAACAGGUCUCCUUCAACGAUUGGAGCGUGACAAUGCAUCAAGUCUUGCUUCACGGGUGAAAAAGACAGAUGCUCGAGAAAUAGAGAGCUUCUAUAAACAAUACUAUGAGCAAUACGUUCAGGCACUUAACGAGGGUGAACAAGCAGAUAGAGCUCAGCUUGGCAAGGCAUACCAAACUGCUGGUGUGCUAUUUGAGGUCCUCUGUGCUGUCCUCAAGACUGAAAAAGUUGAAGAAAUCGCUCCUGAGAUUAUUGCUGCAGCAAAUGAUGUCCAGGCCAAGAAGGAAAUAUAUGCCCCCUAUAACAUCAUCCCCCUGGAUUCAGCUGGAGCGUCACAGUCCAGCAUGCAGCUUGGAGAGGUUAAAGCUGCUGUGGCAGCCCUUUCAAACACACAUGGAUUGAGUUGGCCAUCCUCAUUUGAACCACAAAGACAGAGAGCUGGGGAGCUCGACCUCUUAGAUUGGCUAAGGGCCAUGUUUGGUUUUCAGAGGGACAAUGUUAGAAACCAGCGGGAACAUCUAACUCUACUGCUUGCCAAUAUCCAUUCGAGGCUGGUUCCAAGACCAGAACCGCAUAAUAAGCUUGAUGACCGAGUUGUUGACGCACUUGUGAACAAGCUUUUCAAAAAUUACAAAAGUUGGUGCAAAUAUUUGGGGAGGAAACACAGUUUAAGGCUCCCUCAAGGAGAUCUAGAAGUGCAACAAAGAAAAAUACUUUACAUGGGCCUUUAUCUUCUAAUCUGGGGCGAGGCAGCUAAUGUUCGCUUCAUGCCGGAGUGUCUAUGCUAUAUUUUCCACAAUAUGGCAUAUGAACUUCAUGGUCUUUUGGCUGGAAAUGUUAGCAUUGUCACUGGUGAAAACAUCAAGCCUUCAUAUGGUGGGGACGAUGAAUCUUUUUUGCGGAAAGUCAUUACUCCCAUAUAUCAUGUGAUUGACAAGGAAGCUAAGAAAAGCAAAAAUGGAAAAGCGCCACACACCUCUUGGUGCAACUAUGACGACUUGAAUGAGUAUUUCUGGUCGUCAGACUGCUUUUCUUUGGGUUGGCCAAUGCGUGAUGAUGGUGAAUUCUUCAAAUCAACAAGGAGCACUUCUAAAGGCAAAGGAAUUUCCAACAAAAUGCCUGCAGGGAUGGGUAAAUCGUAUUUUGCUGAGACCCGAUCGUUUUGGCAUACAUUUAGAAGUUUUGACCGCCUCUGGACAUUCUUCAUUCUUGCGUUACAAGCCUUGGUUAUAAUUGCAUGGAGUGAUAUUUCUGUGUUGGAUAUAUUUCGGAAGGAUGUGCUAUACAGUCUGUCAAGCAUUUUCAUCACGGCAGCCUUUCUUCGGUUCCUUCAAAGUGUGCUGGACCUUACUCUGAACUCUCCGGGCUAUCAUAGAUGGAAAUUUACAGAUGUUCUGAGGAAUACUUUGAAGAUAAUUGUUAGCUUGGCUUGGUCUAUCAUCCUUCCGUUGUGCUAUGCUCAUCAGAACAACUCUUUCAAGCUUGGCCCGAUUAAGGAUGUUUUUGCAUUUCUAAAUAGAUUCAAGGGGAUUCCACCUUUGUAUAUCAUGGCUGUUGCUAUAUACCUGCUACCAAAUGUACUUGCAGCAGCUUUGUUUAUGUUCCCCAUGCUCCGCCGUUGGAUUGAGAGUUCAGAUUGGCUCGUUGUAAGAUUUCUUCUAUGGUGGUCACAGCCUAGAAUCUACGUGGGAAGGGGAAUGCAUGAAAGUCAAUUUGCUCUGAUAAAGUAUACUUUAUUCUGGGUGCUGCUUUUGUGCUGUAAAUUUGCGUUUAGCUAUUUCGUCCAGAUAAAACCUCUUGUAAAGCCGACGAAAGAUAUAAUGAGCAUUCAUCAUAUUCAGUAUGCUUGGCACGAGUUCUUUCCAAAUGCUAAUAAAAACUAUGGAGCUGUUGUUGCCCUUUGGGCCCCAGUGAUUUUGGUGUACUUUAUGGAUUGCCAAAUUUGGUAUGCCAUUUUUUCAACCCUAUGUGGUGGUGUAAUUGGGGCUUUUGAUCGCCUGGGCGAGAUUCGAACUCUUGGCAUGCUAAGAUCAAGAAGAGAUUUUCUCUGUCAAAACGUUUUCACGAGGUCUCGCCAAGUAGGAGAAGUGAAGCUGCCAAGUUUUCACAGUUAUGGAAUGAAAGAGAUGGACCUGUUGCUGGUUCCUUAUUCCUCAGAUCCUAGUCUGAAAAUAAUUCAGUGGCCGCCCUUUUUGCUGGCAAGCAAAAUCCCAAUAGCAUUGGACAUGGCUGCUCAAUUUCGGCCAAAAGAUGCAGACCUUUGGAAACGUAUAUGUGCAGAUGAAUACAUGAAAUGUGCAGUUAUAGAAUGUUAUGAAUCGUUCAAGCUUGUUUUGAACACCCUGGUUGUGGGUGAGACUGAGAAAAGAAUCAUUGGAGUCGUCAUCAAGGAAGUUGAAAAUAGCAUUACAAAGAACACGUUCCUUGCAAAUUUUCGGAUGGGUUCACUACCAGAUCUUUUUAAGAAAUUUGUAGAGCUAGUUGAGCUAUUGAGAGAUGAUGAUAGAUCCAAGAAAGACAAUGUUGUUCUAGCAUUGCAGGAUAUGUGGGAAAUAGUUACCCGUGACAUGAUGGUGAAUGAAAUCCGUGAACUAGUAGACCUUAGCAAGGAUUCUGGAAAGCAGUAUUUUGCAAGUACUGAUUCAAAACCAGCAAUAGUGUUCCCUCUUAAAAUGACAGCACACUGGGAAGAACAGAUCCGACGUCUUUAUCUCCUCCUGACCGUCAAAGAAUCUGCUGUUGAAGUCCCAACGAAUCUUGAAGCUCGGCGAAGGAUUUCCUUUUUUGCAAAUUCAUUAUUCAUGGAAAUGCCACGUGCACCCCGAGUUCACAAAAUGCUUUCAUUCAGUGUAAUGACUCCAUACUACAGUGAGGAAACUGUCUACUCGAAGAGUGAUCUUGAGAUGGAAAAUGAAGAUGGUGUAUCCAUCAUUUACUACCUUCAAAAGAUAUAUCCAGAUGAAUGGAAUAACUUCAUGGAGCGUCUUGGAUGUAAAAAGGAGUCUGAGAUAUGGGAGAAUGAAGAGAACAUAUUGCAACUACGUCAUUGGGCAUCCUUAAGGGGACAGACUCUCUGUAGAACUGUUAGAGGGAUGAUGUACUACAGAAGGGCUUUGAAGCUUCAAGCUUUUCUUGACAUGGCUUCAGAAGGCGAGAUUCUUGGAGGUUACAAAGCUGUAACAGUACCAUCAGAAGAAGAUAAGAAAAGUCAAAGAUCAUUACAUGCAUCAUUGGAAGCUGUUGCUGACAUGAAGUUCACAUAUGUUGCCACAUGCCAGAACUAUGGGAAUCAGAAAAGAAGUGGAGAUCGCCGUGCAACUGAUAUAUUGAACUUGCUGGUCAACAAUCCUUCUCUCCGUGUAGCUUACAUUGAUGAAGUUGAAGAAAGGGUUGGUGGAAAGAUUCAGAAGGUUUAUUAUUCUGUUUUGGUAAAAGCAGUUGAUAAUCUAGACCAGGAAAUCUACCGCAUAAAAUUACCCGGAUCUGCAAAGAUAGGAGAAGGAAAACCGGAAAAUCAAAAUCAUGCUAUCAUCUUUUCUCGCGGCGAGGCCCUUCAAACCAUUGACAUGAAUCAGGAUAAUUACUUGGAAGAAGCUUUUAAGAUGCGUAACCUUCUUGAAGAGUUCAAUGAAGAUCACGGUGUGCGACCACCUACAAUUUUGGGUGUCCGAGAGCACAUCUUCACUGGAAGUGUUUCUUCUUUGGCUUGGUUUAUGUCAAUGCAAGAGACAAGCUUUGUUACUAUUGGUCAGAGAGUUCUUGCAAGGCCUUUGAAGGUUCGGUUCCACUAUGGGCACCCAGAUGUCUUCGAUAGAAUUUUCCACAUUACCCGCGGUGGGAUCAGUAAAUCUUCCAAAGGCAUCAACCUUAGUGAGGACAUUUUUGCAGGUUUUAACUCCACAUUAAGACGUGGAAAUGUUACCCACCACGAAUAUAUUCAGGUUGGGAAGGGACGAGAUGUUGGUCUUAACCAAAUAUCUCUUUUUGAGGCAAAAGUAGCAUGUGGUAACGGAGAGCAGACACUCAGCCGCGACCUCUACAGAUUAGGGCAUCGUUUUGACUUUUUCCGAAUGCUAUCUUGUUAUUUUACAACCACUGGCUUUUAUGUCAGUUCAAUGAUUGUGGUGCUUACAGUUUAUGCAUUUUUGUACGGAAAACUGUAUCUUUCAUUGAGUGGACUGGAAAAGUCAAUAGUUAAAUUUGCAAGAUCAAAGGGAGAUGUUGCUCUUAAAGCUGCGAUGGCUUCCCAAUCAGUGGUUCAACUUGGUCUAUUAAUGGCAUUGCCGAUGAUAAUGGAGAUAGGACUAGAAAGAGGGUUCAGAACGGCUCUAGGUGAUAUGAUCAUCAUGCAGCUUCAACUAGCAGCUGUGUUCUUCACCUUUUCUCUGGGAACAAAACUUCAUUACUUUGGUCGCACCAUUUUGCAUGGUGGAGCAAAAUACAGAGCAACUGGACGGGGUUUUGUGGUGCGCCAUGAGAGGUUUGCUGAAAACUACAGACUGUACUCGAGGAGCCAUUUCACUAAGGGUCUGGAAAUAUUGAUUUUACUCACAUCUUAUGUAAUGUACGGCACGGCAACCUCAGACUCUGUGUCUACCUUGUUGCUCACUUUCCCAAUGUGGUUUCUCGUACUUUCAUGGCUGUUCGCUCCCUUCAUUUUCAAUCCAUCUGGAUUUGAAUGGCAAAAGAUAGUGGACGACUGGGAUGACUGGUCUAAGUGGAUCAGUAACCGAGGUGGGAUUGGUGUUCCUGCAGCCAAAAGUUGGGAGUCUUGGUGGGAGGAGGAACAAGAGCAUCUACUUUAUACUGGACUGUUUGGCCGUCUCUGUGAAGUUAUUCUCUCUUUCCGCUUCUUACUUUUCCAGUAUGGCAUUGUUUAUCAGCUGCAUGUUGCCAACAACAAUAAGAGCAUCAUGGUGUACGGUCUGUCUUGGCUAGUAAUUGUUGCAGUCAUGAUCAUAUUGAAGGUUAGUGAUUCGUAUAUGAGCUGUUGAAUGUCUUAAUCUCUCUCUUCAGUACAUGAAGGUUCUUUUUGUAUGUCAUCUCCUAACAAGUAUAUGUGGCAUGGGUGGGAGCACAGAUAGUGUCGAUGGGCAGGAAGAAGUUCAGUGCAGAUUUCCAGCUGAUGUUCAGGCUACUGAAGUUGUUCCUCUUCAUUGGGUUCGUAGUGACACUGGUGAUCUUGUUUGCGUUCUUGAGCCUGACGGUGGGAGAUGUAUUUGCGAGCUUACUGGCAUUCCUGCCGACAGGGUGGGCCAUCUUACAGAUAGCCCAGGCGUGCAGGCCGAUAGUGAAGUGGGUGGGGAUGUGGGGGUCUGUCAAGGCUCUGGGGAGAGGGUACGACUACAUAAUGGGCCUCACUAUCUUCACACCCGUUGCUGUUCUAGCAUGGUUCCCCUUUGUGUCAGAGUUCCAAACCAGGCUGCUUUACAACCAAGCCUUCAGCCGAGGCCUUCAGAUCCAGCGUAUCCUUGCUGGGGGCAAGAAGCACAAGUGAGAGAGCAAGUCAAUACUAAACUAAUACAGUAUUU